AUGCUAGGAACCGAGUGCACUAGAAAGGAAGAUCGUGUGCCUGAUUCGCCGGAAAAUGUGCACGUUCGAACGACGGCUCAUUCAGCGACUCUCUGGUGGGAUCAACCAUCAACGAGUGAUCGGAUACUCGUCAGGGGUUACGCAGUUUCCUAUGGAAUCGGCACUCCGAGCAGCAAAAUUGUUAUCGAGGGCCCAAACACGAACUCGUUUACGAUUGAGAGAUUAAAACCCUCAACAACAUAUGUUUUCGCGGUGAACGCCUACAAUGAAGCUGAUGGAGAAGACGGGGAAAAAGUCCUUCUUACAGGGAAAACGCUCAGCGAUGACGAUAGUAAGGAGAAAGGCGCUUUCUCAUUAUGGCCUCCAAUAGCUGUGAGAGCUUUGGCAAAGGAAAGACUUGUUGAGGUGAGCUGGGAGGAUCCGAAUCCGGAAAGACGUGAGGAGAAUCGAGUCGACGGAACGGGAAGACAUUACAUCGUGCAGUACGGUCUCUACCAAACAGAUCAUCACGAGAAGCUGCGCGUGAAUGGGAGAAACGCGAAAUUGGUUAAUCUGUUGCCAGGAAGGGAAUACGAAGUGGCCGUGAAGGUGAUUGAUGGGAAUGGUCGUGAGUCUCCGUGGAGUAUCCGGGACAUUGUGCUCACCCCACAAGAUCAAAAAGCCGAGAUCUCGAGAUACGAUUGGAUUUGUGGUUUCGAGAAAGAUUUGUGUGGAAUGAAAACGAUUGGUGACACGAGAUGGGAGAGAAUCAAAGGACAUUUGAAAGCGAAUGCGGGUCAUUACGUGAUGUCGAUCAAUCCCUCACUCUCUCCAUCAUCUCAUUCUUCUCAUCUCAUCACACCGACGUUUCACAUGCAAAAAUCGCAUUCACUUUGCGUCAGAUUUUCGAUUCAAAUGAAAGAAAAAGAGGAUAAUGAUGCAAUAUUCUCCGUUUUUCUCGAAGAUGAGAGAACUUUCCGAAAAGAAGAGCUCAUCAAGAUUGAGACUGAGAAAAUGGAAAAAGAAAAAUGGAUUGAUUUUCGAUUGAAUUUGAAAGGAUUAAGGCCAGCAUUCAAGUUAGUCUACGAGUUGAAAUGGAAACACUCGGCGCCGAUGACGUCGCUCGAUUCGUUGGUCUUGUCGUCUGGAGUUUGCGGGGAUAAAGCCGGACUCCGACUACCGCCAUACACAAAUGAAGACACAGAAGUCGAUCUGCUUGUGCCAGUGGAAUCAUCACUGAACACGGAUGAGAGAGUGUUUCGAGCGAGAGGGAUUGAUGGGCUACCGGCUAUCGGGAUACAGAGAGGAGUUGUCAUCGCGGCGCCGUAUCGUCUCUAUUUGCCGAGGAAAUUCUUCAGGGAGUUCUCAAUUCUGGUCACAGUGAAACCAUCAGAUCGUCGGGGUGGUUACCUAUUCGCGGCGGUGAAUCCAUUUGACACCAUCGUUGACAUCGGAUUAUUGCUGGAGCCAGCCGGCACUUCACAAACAAAUAUUUCGUUGAUCUAUUCGAAUUCCCGUACGGAUGGCUCAUCUCGAGCAAUCGCCUCUUUCCUCGUGCCUCAAUUCGAGCAAAUCUGGACUCAGUUUGCUUUAGAAGUGCGUCUCGACGAAGUGAUUCUCUACUUUAAAUGCGUUCGCUAUUCAGCUGUUCAUGUUACUCGUGUUCCUGAACAACUUGUGAUGGAUGAUGCGCAUAAACUUUACAUUGCUGGUGCUGGACCGUUGAUUAAAACUGGAUUUGAGGUUUUCUAUCUG